GGAUGUUGUCGUAGUACCAGCACACUUGAUACGUGUGUUAUCACGCUGAGCUAGAACCUCAUUCGAUUGACUUCACGUUUGGUUUCAGUUUUUUUAUAUUAUUCUGAGCUUCCCAUCUAUAGACAGCUUAAUUUAAAGGUUUAUUAUUUAAUGUUCCCCCAUUUUCAUGAGCGUCCCGUUAGCUUAAUGGCAGAGGAAAACUCACCAAAGACACGUGGAGGAGUCUUCUUAGAGCUGAGGAAAAUACUUCAAAGUGGACUUCUCAUUGUCGGGAAAGAUGUGGCCAGAGGUCCUGCAGAUGUGGUAGUGACAGCCGGAGAGUCCUCGCUCCUCGUCCAGACUCCCAGAGGAGACGUAAGCCUGACUUUACCAGCAGGAGUCUCCUUUGAGCCGGGCUCCUGCAUCCACACACCUGGAGGAGAACACGGUGGGGAGGAGCUGCACUUCAGGCUGCGUAUUGCUGUUGGGAGGAGAAGCUCUGAUGAAGAGGCCCCUGACAGUGUGAUGGAGAAUCUUCGAUUAAAAGAGACCUACUGCUUCUGCUGCCAGGGCUGCAUGACCAGGCUGCUGGAGGACAGAGUAUUUAAGCGAGUUCUUCCUCUCCCUAAUGGAAACUGGAAUGCCAUUGUGGACGACUGGUGUUGCCAUCCCGACCCGUUUGCCAAUAGGAAGCUGCUCCCCCGAGCGGAGGACUGUUUACUGGGUGACACCUUUGUCCUCUUAGCUCGUGACAGCAGCUGUGACCAGACUCUGACUGAGGAAGAGAGUCCCGCUGGAGCAAUGGACAGUCAAGACACAAAGAAGCCAUGUCGCCGUUUGACAAGGAUCUCCUGCUCCAGCUGUUCAUCAGAGCUUGGAGAGGCUAUUGCACCUGCAACACUGAAACUAUACAUCACACAGGUGGUGGUGGAGCCAGUCGUGGGAGAUCGACAGCCUGAAGCUUCACAGAACAGGUCUACCUUCUUGGAAAGGACUGUAGCAACCAGACUCCUGGAGCUGUCCAACUCUCUCUGCUCCUUCCACUUCUCAGUUCAGACGCCCGACGGGAGAGCCUUCUUAUUGGUCUGGCUGCUGAACACCGACUCCAUCGUAGCUUCAGUCCCAGGGGAGCGUGUCGGGGAUGAGAGGUCCAUCAGCCCCCCUGCUCUGCACAGUCCGUCACUCAGGGCCAGCAGAGCCCUGAAACUCCUCUACAUCAGCUGCUCUAAUGCUAGCACCCAGCAGAGAGAGAUUGCUGCUUGUUGGGAGGUCAAUGCUAUAGGACACCCAGUGGUCCUCCCGCUAAAAGUGUGUGAGGAACUGCUGCAAGUGAUGGAUGACAGCAACUCCACCCUUCCUGCCUCGAUGCGCUGCAUGAGGUCCUACGAGGUGGCGUACCUGAGACUGUGAGGUCUGAACACAGGACCUGGAGCAGCUGAAAUGUGUUAAAGCAGCGGUUCAUUUCAGUAGCAGGAAGAUGUGUUCUGCAAAAGGAAAUGAAAGUAUCUGGUUAAGUUGGUGAAACUUUGGAUAUUUGCAACUAGGAGCUGCCAGGCUGCAGAAUAUUUAAACUGUUGGAACAAGUUUCAAAUCAAAUCAAAGAUACUUUAUUAAAAUUUCUUUGUAGUAUAUUUUUUAUCCCUGUUGGGAUAAAUGUGUAAUAAAUUGUACAUUCUUCCAGCUUUUUUAAGUUUUUGUAACCAAAAUGUAAUAAAAUGUUCUGCUUGUCAGAAUUAGAAGGACACCAUUCUUGUGUGCAGGUACAAUGAAGUAGUUAUUUACAUUUAGCUGGAUUCAAUGACCUGCUUUGCAUCCAGUAUGGCAGUUAGGUUUCUUCUGGUGCACAUUCGUUCUACACGGGCAUGUUGGCACCAUGGUGGGGCUCAUUUUAAUGUAAUUUUUAUGCAUUCAAAUACUAACAUGUUUCCUUACAAAGGUAAGAAGAGAACGUGUGAAAGCUCAGAAGUGAAAGGAAAUGGUUAAAUGCUUUUGCUAUUUCUACUUUUCAUGCACAAGACAGCCAUUUUUCUGAGGCAAAAUUCCACUUUCAGCGGCCGCUCCCAUUGAUCGUUCCUUCUUUAAACUUGGAGACUUUUGAAUGGAAUACACCAUCAGGUCUUGAUAUGUCACUAAAAUGUGUUCUGAGCUGUGCUGUGCUGCACAGCCUGGCUGAGUUGCACGGUUGUUGACCUUGUUUCUGCAAGAAUUAUGUCUUGCUUUCAUUGUAAAUACUUUUAUGAUGCAUAGAUCAGUAAAUCUAGAUGAGUUAACUCAUUUACCAGCACAACAAACCUUGGAGUCCAGUCAGCUGAGUAAAGUAAAUGGUGCGUUAUGGCUCUUCUUCAUGCUCUGUGAACACAGCAUCUAGUUUAAACAGGCUAUCUUUUAAAAGUGUUGCAUCAGCCUGCGUGUCUAUUUUUGCAGGCCUUUGGUAGGAAUGAGGUGAAAAUGUCUUGCAUGGAUCUGCUGAAUGCUGAUGCAGCAAGUGACAAUUACUUUUAAAAACACAGAGGUAUUGCACCCAGAGAGGCAGCAAAGCAGAGAGUGAAUUGGCUCAUUAAAUACAUCUAACACCGAACCGUUGGGCUCCUCAUUUCCUCUCGGCCCUCUCUCCACAAGUGCAAAUGAAGUAGGCUCUAAAUAACCCAUUUGUUUCAAGCCUGCUGAGCAGGAGUGACACCACAUUACUGGCUGCUGCUGCUGCUGUUUUGAACACUGACAGUCACCCUGAGGGCUUUAGGAGCUGCAGGCUCGCUUUGUCUCUUUUAGCUUUUGUGAUAGACACUAGGAAGUGUCAAAUUAAAAGUUUUUGGCCAGUAUACCAUCUGCUGACACUGUGGGGCUCAUUAGCCUUUUCAUAGAGUACUCACAUGAAAAAUAUCAGCUCGAGUAAAGGUCUACUACACAUUCUGUCUGAGUAAUUACUUGUGCAUGGUUAGAGGACCAUUUCAACUUCUCUUUCAUUUAUACUUGCAGCUAAUGUGCAAAGGCAGCACAAUUGUAAUAAACACUAGCUUUGUAUUUUUCCAGA